ACUGAUGCCCCAUACACUACACACCUUAGCUGUGAUAUCACUGGCACAACAGAAGCGACGUGUCAUGAAACCAUGAUGAGUGCCAGCAGGAACGGAGAGGGCGCGUACACCCGUAUCAGUGAGACAACGUAUGGGGAAGAAGAUGUUGAGGAGGGAUUUUAUCCCGUCACAAUCACAGCUGGUGUCGACAAGGUACUGGCUGCUGAGAGCGCGCAAACCGAGACUAGAUUUACUUUGACUGGACUUCCUACUCUGGCACCAACCCAGAAUACUGAUGGCCAGUCAGAACCGACUACGAACGUCCCUGUUGCACCAACUCCCACUUCCACGGGCGCGGCUGCGGCGGUGACCUUCGUGCAGGGUGGAAUGGUAGCCGGCGUCGCUGCUGCAAUGGCUGCAUUGGCUUUGUAGCCUUUG